AUGACCGUGAUCAUUGCGUCAACCAAUCAAGCUGAAACUCAAACGUCACCGCCUCGUCUUGCCUUUCAGUUAAGAACCCCAGUUGCGGUUGGUUGCAGCUUCCUCAUUCGACUUUCCCCUGUAUUUUUGAUUCAUUUGUCGACGAUUCUCGAGAGACUUACAGCAAUGAGUGCCAGCUUCACGAACACGCUUACUUUUACCAAGCUCAUCAACGAUCAGGCGAGCUCGCCCACUUUCCAUAUCAUGGGGGGCAAGUGUCGCUAUGAGAAAAUAGAAGGGUUAGGUAAAACGUCUUGUUUAUGCUCCCAGUUCGAAGCCUCAGUUUCCCCCGAACUCAGAAUCAAAGACGCAGUGGACAAACCAUGCUCUCACUGUGGACAUAGUGGAUUAGUACACGAGGAUGCUUCUCAAUAUAUCCCCUUUGCCACUCCAGCAAACUAUACACGAAAAUAUGAUUUCGACUCGCGUUUCCUAUCUCAACGGAAAGAUACUGUCGUUCAGCUAGCAAAUCUCCUCGAGGAGCAGCAAGUUGUUCAUGUUCGCGGGACCCCUACAAGUGGGAAGACAACCCUCGCCUGCCUGCUGCAGCAAUAUUAUAAGGUUAAGAAGACAAAAAAUGUGUUUUUCGUCAGCAAUUGGACGAAGUUGGCAAAUUUCCCCAACGGCAGCAACAGCGUUUGGAGGAAAUUUUCGAGAAUGGUCCAUGCCAGUUACGGACUUGCUCGGAGCUCUGAUACUCUACCUCCAGGAGCUAUCAUCAUCAUUGAUGAAGCCCAGGCAUCAUACUCAGAUAUGGAAUUCUGGGAUGGGAUAAUCAAACAAAGGGUGUGCGGUGGUGGUCCGGACAUCAAAAUUUGUCUUUUUUGUUCAUAUGGCAGCCCGUCAACCGGCGUCGACACGGACGCUGUGUUAUAUACCCCAGCCCACUUUCGCAGGGACCAGCGGGUCUCCCUCACUCCGCAUGCAUCAUGUUCGAUUGGACUCUUUUUCAACAGAGACGAGUUCAAAAAUGCCGUCCAAAAUAUUACAGCCAAUCCUACGUUCGAGGGAAAGUUUGUGCUCGAUUGUGACGCCCAAGAUUACCUAUUUUCUUUGACUAACGGGCACCCCGGUGGUGUCGUGUCGUUGUUGCAGUACAUUUACAACCAUUUUCGCAGCGCGCUAAAGCACGGGAAAUUGGACAUUUUAACCAAGGGUCAUCUCGUCGAAAGUCUAGAGGACGAUAGCAAAGUCUGGAAUUUUCUACUGUCGACUUCUCUGUUUCAGCGAUCGUUGCCGAAAGGUCGCAAGGUGACCUCUGAAGUUCGUGCAGUACUUGUGCACGUUUUAGGACAAGGCAGUAUUGAGGUACCUAGCGAAAGCGACGGCAAAUCCCCUGAGGACGUAUGCUAUACCAAAGGUUGGCUCCACAAGACCACAAAGCCAGGGGAUAUACUCGACGGGGAGCUGUAUGUGAUUCCCUCUCGGUUGCACGAGAAAUGGAUAGAACAUAUUAUGGGGGAGCCUAACAGGAAGAUGAAUCCCAAAUACAACACUGUUCAAAAAUUGUGCGUGGAUGUUCUAGGGCUAUUCUCUGCUUGCAAAUUGAGACACGCGGCAGAUGGCAAGAGCGUCUCCAGUGCAGCGCUGUUAAAACCAAUCGAAGCUGCCUAUCAGAGUGAAUUCUACCGAGCGUUCAACGAUAUAGCAGGUAUAGGGGUCAAUAUUGUUUCGGAAUGGUCGCAGACCAACGACGGCAGGGUGGACUUUUGGAUUUCGCAGAAGAAGUGGGCAGUCGAAUUGGUAAGAGAAAAAGACCGGUUGCUGGAGCAUAUUGCUCGUUUUCGUCCUGACGGGAAAUACCACGGCUGGAUUCGCGAUGGUAUGAUCCUUGAAUGGAUCAUCAUAAACUGCACGACAACUUUACCCAAACGCUCCUACGGUGAAAAGAGAUUGAUCCAUGCCUUUUUUUCGGAAAACUGGACCCACCUCCAAAUUUUUGACGACGGCCUGGCUCUCCUAGAAGACCUUUGUCUCCAAAAUUGA